AUACAGACUUUUAGACUUGGUCAUGAAUCAUGAUUGUAGCUUAAUCGAUCUUAUGACUUCUUAACUUAUUGUAUGUAUGACAACUCCCAUUGAUCAAUUAAAUUCGGUGAGUUGUCCUAAGAGCCAUAUUGGUCAUUUUCAGUAUUUGCUUAGCUUUAAAUGUUCGGGUCAGUAUGGUUGAAAGAGUUUAAUUUUGGAUAUGGAGAAGGAGAAGUCCACGAGGAAGGCAGGGAAGUUUUGGAUGAGGAUUGAGAAAGACGGAGACAGGGACAGAUGUCGGUAACCUACCAGCGGCUCGCCUUCCUGACUCACCACCAUAGCCAAACAAAGCUACAACCUUUUUCGUCCACAUUCAACCCGAAACCCAGCUAAUGGCACAGCAAUUUAUAAUCGAGCCAUGCUCCUUUCCCUAUUCCCUUCUUCUUCUCCACCCAACUGUGCUUUCAUUUCCUCUCUUCUUCUGAACCCCCGACGAACUUCCCCUGCUUCUCCCUUCUUUCUCAGAGCAGUCACAGCAAGAGCUAUCUCUCUCUGCGUCAGAACCACCAGCACCACCAUGUCCGUUAACUUGCAAACCCAUGCCUUCGCCGGCAACCCUCUGAGAUCCACAAUUCCCAAGCCUGGCGACCCGUUUUCCCCAUCCUCCGCCCUCGAAACCCUCAGGAGCCGGCUCAUGGAGAGUGCCAGUAGUGGUCACAGCCAGUUGCUUUCCCCUAGUUUCCAGGUUCUGCCCUUCAGAAAGGGCAGGCCUCUGGCUUCUUCCGUCGAUGGGGACGGUGCUUCGGGGCCGAAUUGGCAUCUGGGCUGGAUUGGUCUUGCUGAUUGCAGAGGGUUUCUGGCCAAGUCUGGUGUUGAAUUGACCGCCGAGAGCUUGGUGUUUCUGGGUUUCAUGCCUGAUGAGGAUGUGGUUUACUGGGCAAUUGAUGUUUCUAGCGAGAGUAGUUUGGUUCCUGAAUUUGGCGGGAAGCGGCUCUGUUUUGUGGAGUUGAGGACUCUCAUGGUGGCUGCUGAUUGGACUGAUGAUCGAGUCAUGGCGGAUUUGGCCAUUGCUGGUCAUGCAAGAGCAUUGCUAGAAUGGCAUAAGCUAAGUCGUUUUUGUGGAUCAUGUGGAGCAAAUACUGUCCCUGCCGAAGCUGGCAGAAGGAAACAGUGCUCCAAUGAGACAUGUAAGGCGAGGGUGUAUCCUCGUAUUGAUCCGGUUGUGAUCAUGUUGGUUAUCGACAAAGAGAAUGAUCGAGUCCUUUUGAGCAGACAAUCGAGAUUUGUACCUCGAAUGUGGAGUUGCUUAGCUGGGUUUAUAGAGCCUGGAGAAAGCUUAGAGGAAGCUGUGAGGAGAGAAACUUUUGAAGAGGCUGGAAUUGAAGUAGGAGAAGUUGUGUAUCAUAGCUCUCAGCCAUGGCCUGUUGGCCCAAACAGCAUGCCAUGCCAACUGAUGGUGGGUUUCUUAGCUUACGCUAAAACACUGGAAAUCAAUGUCGAUAAAACCGAGUUAGAAGAUGCGAAAUGGCUCAGUCGAGAAGACGUGCAGAAGGCACUGUCUUUAGCAGAGUACAAGAAGGCACAAACAACAGCAGCAGCCAAAGUAGAGCAGAUGUGCAAGGGCGUCGAGAAAGGUCAGAGCUUGUCUGCAGAUUUCAAUGUAGAAAGCGGCGAACUCGCUCCUAUGUUCUUCCCUGGCCCUUCCGCAAUCGCUCAUCACCUCAUCUCUUCGUGGGUCCACGGCCAGACAACAAUCGGCGGUGGUGGGAGACAAAUCAGUACUUCUCUCUCAAAUCUAUAGCUCCUCUACUCAUCAUCCCCAGAAAACAUCACCAAACCCCGGCCGAGUGGCUGUGUUUAGUGUACAUUAUAGCACCUCUCCAGUAAUGCUUUGCA